UCCCGUUUUCCAGAGAGAGAGAGAGAGAGUACUAUACAUAGAGUCAUAGACACAUAGACACAUAGAGCUAGCUUAGCCAUCUAUAAAAGAAGAGCCCCAUAUACUGCCAUCAACAGGAGGACCAUAUCCCACACGUAUGAUCUGUACUGUCUUCUCCCUCUCUUUCUCAGAGCUAGCAUAGCAUAGAUCCAGAGCUUCCCUCCCUCCCGGAAGUUAGCUACUCUAGGUUGCUAGACCGGCCGCGGCCGGCUUGCUCGAUCAGGUCCAAAGCCAUCGAUUGAUCAAUCAUCUGCUCGAUCUGCUCUGCUGCCAUUAGAGUGGUCUCUCAUCUCUCUGCAAGACACGGGUCGAUCGAACCGGCGAGUCUCUCUCUCUCGGCCUUGGUCGCCGGCGCGCUGGCUCCCUGACCAAGGAGUUGCCGGCCUGGGAAUUGGAGCGAUAAUCUUUCAAGCUGUGCUCUACCUCCGUCGGCGGCGAAGCUAGCUGGUGGCACCCAUUGUUGCUCCACCCUGCAGUCAUCUGGUUUCAUCUCAAAGCAGGCAGCCGCGCGCGCGCGCGUCGUCCCAGAAUCCCUGCGCCAGUCAAUUAAGCAGCGCGAGAUUCUCCCGGGCCAUGGACACCUUCGGCUGGUCGUCCGGCCCCGGCCUGCACGACGACGCCUACCUGCCGCGUCCGGCGAGCCAGGUCAUGAGCUGCGGCCGCUUCGACCUGGACGACGCCUUCCUCGGCCAGCUCCAGUGCGACUUCGGCGGAGGAGGACAGCAGGUGAGCUCCAGCUACGGUAACGGUGCAGCUGCCGUCGGAAGCGCGGCGGGGGGCUCGACUGGUGACGGCCAGCUGGGGUUCUUUGGCUCGGGGGUCGACGUGUUCUCGUCCGUCGUCGACGGCGCCAGCGCGCACGACGGCCUGCUCGACUCGGCGCUCGCCUUUUCCGGGGUGCUCCCGUGCGGCGGGGACGGCGACCCCGGGGCCGUCUCCAACGGCGCCAUGUUCUCCGGCUACAGCGGCACCACCGUCUGCAACAUCUCCUCCGGGGAGUCCAACAACUACAGCGGCGGCGGCGGCGGCGGCCACGACGUAGCCGAGGUGGCGUCGCCGACGUCCACCAUAUCGCCCACCACGACGUCGCAUCCCACGAUUACUUUGGCGCAGGCGGCGCUCCACGAGAGCCGGAAGCUACCCGCGGACGACUGCCCCGCCACAAUAGCAACGGCGCCGCCGCUCCCACGCGCCGGCACAAAGCGGAAGGCCCCGGCCACGACAGCGACGAGCAUCACGUUCGGCCUGCAGGACACCAACUCAGCCGGGGCGGCCGGCGGGUACGAGCCGGACAUGGAGGCGAUGGCGCAGGUGAAGGAGAUGAUCUACCGCGCGGCGGCCAUGCGGCCGGUGAGCCUCGUGACGGAAUCCCCCGCUGCGGGCAUCAGCAAGCCGCGGCGCAAGAACGUGCGCAUCUCGAGCGACCCGCAGACGGUGGCGGCACGCCUCCGGCGGGAGCGCGUGAGCGACCGCCUCCGCGUGCUACAGAAGCUCGUCCCCGGCGGGAGCAAGAUGGACACGGCGUCCAUGUUGGACGAGGCCGCCAGCUACCUCAAGUUCCUCAAGUCCCAGGUCCAGGCGCUGGAAACCCUAGGAACCAGCAGUAGCACCGGCACCGGCACCAGCGCCGCCGCGGCCGCCAGCACGGGCAGGUUACUGCACUCGCACUCACAGCAGCAGCACUAUUACAGCAACAACCCUGGAUUUCUCGGAUUUCCGAGAAAUAACAACAACAACAACAUGUCUUCCGUCUUCAGAAAUCCUGAUGGGAAUUCUGGCAGACUGUUGUAGUACUGUUUAGUUACGUUGCUGUUUCGUACUGUUUCAGGUCGUCGUGUCAAGAGUACGCGUACGUGCUUAACUAGUACAGUACUGUAUACAUACACAUAUACUACUAAUUAAGGUUUAGUGUCGUCAUGUACUCUUGUCCAGAAUUGAUUAAUUUGGAUCGGUCCGCUGCAUCGUCGAAGCAAUUCAGCUGCAGCGUGAGAUCGAGACCGUGCCGGUGGCAGGACAUCUUGAUUGGAGAAGAAAAGGAAGAGAUAUGAAAUUAUUGAGAUAUCCAUUUGCAUUGUAUCAAAGUGCCUGGGACAUGGUCUCAAAAAAAAGUGCCUGGGACAUGACCGGCGUGGCGUGCAUGUAAAAUCGUAGUGAGAGUUUCUCUUCCAUGAGUUAUAUCCUAAAAUAGCAUAGGAAAUUACUUUGAA